AUGUUUGCUUCGGCCACAGUUCCAAAACUAUUAGCUAAUCUAGUAGCUGCAAAUAAUAUGAUUUCUUUCAGUGGAUGCUUUACCCAAAUGUAUGUCUUUAUCUCUUUGGGUGUGACUGAAUGCUAUCUUCUUGCUGUAAUGGUCUUUGAUCGACAUCUAGCUAUCAACAAUCCUUUACGUUAUUCAACCUUAAUGACCCAUGUUUCUUGUACUGGGUUAGCCAUUUUUCCAUGGAUUAUUGGAUUUGGUACUGUUUUAAUCCCCACCAUCUCCACGGCACAUUUGGAAUUCUGUGGUCCUAAUGUAAUCGACCACUUUUUUUGUGAUUUUGCUCCUCUGCAAAAGUUGGCAUGUUCAGAUCCCUUCAUCAGCAUCCUGUCUAUAAUUGUUGCAGCUGUAUUUAAUGUUGUUGUACCUUUUCUUAUAAUCAUAGGAUUAUACAUCCGUAUCAUCACAACUAUUUCAAAGAUUCGGAGUAAUGAGGGGAAGCGAAAAGCUUUUUCUACUUGCACAUCUCAUCUAAUUGUAGCUAGCCUCUUUUUUGGAACAGCCAUCAUUGUGUAUGUCAAUCCAAAAGGAACUAAUUAUGAUAAAUACCUUGCAUUCAUGUACACAGCAUUCACACCUAUGAUUAACCCUUUCAUAUACACCUUGCGAAACAGAGAUGUAAAGAAAGUCUUUAUGAAACAUCUUCUUAAAGCAGCUCUAUUGUAA